AUGAUGGUUGAAAGCGAUGAAAUAUUGAACAGUGAUCUUGACUCCAUCAAAUACACAGAAUUUAAAAAUAGUACAAAAGUCGUAUUCCUUAAUAAUGGUAGAAUCUUUUUAUUGGAUCCCAGAAUAUUCUCCAUCACAACAGGAUAUUCAUCGGGUUAUUAUAAUUUACUAGGUGAAUCGAUAGCUUUUAUAGAUCCUAAUGUUUUGAAAGAUCCAAGGGUUGAUUAUACAACCGAAUUUGACAUUUACAGCUUUGGUGUUAUCAUGUGGGAAAUAUCAAACAGAAGCGUUCCAGUUUUCAAUGUAAAAAGUUAUGAAUUAUUACCAGAAGGAAAUAUAGAAAAUAACAUUCAGGAGGAGUCUAAACUCAGUACUCCUCAAGAAUACGUUGACUUGUAUCGAAGAUGUUGGCUUGAGCCAGAAAAGCGUCCGAUCAUUCUUGACAUAUAUAAGGAACUUGAGGAAAUGAACAAAAUGCUAGGUGAGAAGGUAAAUUUUAUCUAUAAAUUUUAUCAAACUGAAAAUGCAUUCCUCACAAAUACAACAAGACCAUAG